UUCUGCACAUUUGUCUUACUUACGUGCCUUUUAUUAAAUCAAUUAGGCGACAUCCAGUCUGAAUACGUGACUCCACUCGUUUUCCAUGACCUCUUUAUGAUAGUUCUGAUGGAUGUAAUUAAUAACAAACGUAUAGACGCGACCCCGAAGACGAACUCUGAGAAAAAUUAUGAUGGCUGUCGGACGCGGAGAUGUGAAAAUAUAACUUCUCAAGGAUGAAGACGACAUAGAGGAGCAUUUGGACACAGACGUCGAUGGCUGUGGGGGAAGUCAUUGUCUACAAAAGACGCCGCUCUCCCAUUGGCUCUUGAGCGAUCACGUGGUGAAUUUAGGACUCUCUCAAGAGGCAUUGAUUUCUGGGGGUGAACCUGCGCCGGCAUAGUUUGUGACUAUCACGCCACGGAUAUCAAAACAUCGCCGUCAAACGGCGUCUGACAAGGGCUGUAUAUCUUCCAGCAGCCACCAUAAACACGGAAUGGCUUAUCCGGCCAGUGAGACAUUCCAGGCCAAUUUCUCCCUUUCCGCGGGCAAAAAUGACUUCGCACUGGGAGUGAGUCCACCGGCCGGUAUGGACGGAUACUGGCUGCAACCUUUCCACGAUCUCAAACCGCGCGGGGACGCAGGGGGGUGGCACCUGCCCGGACUCUGUAUGCCAAAAGGCGAAGCCCACGCGGACGGUCUGCGGUUGGGCCCCCUGGGGUACCCCUGUCGGGAGGGCAAGGACAUGAACUUGACUGACACCCGUAGAAUCCUGCCCUCCACUUUCCACCCGUUUUACGAUGUCAGUGCAGGUGCUCAUCACCGGGACCAGAUCGCCAGAGCGCAGCUUCACAACACCGCCGCUUACGACUCCAAGUGUUGCCAGCCACAGAUGAACAACGUCUGCACCUACACCUCAGCUUCCACCGCCGACCGGACCGAACAGGUGAGCCAGGCCUGGGACGGACAGGGAUGCCAGCCGGCCGACGGACCACCGACGCCCGCCCAGGGCAACUCUUCUGGUGACGUGACUUCCAACUGGAUGAGCGCGAAGAGCACGCGGAAGAAGCGGUGCCCCUACACGAAGUACCAGACGCUGGAGUUAGAGAAGGAGUUCCUCUUCAACAUGUUCGUGACAAGAGAGCGGAGACAGGAGAUUGCCAGACAACUCAACCUCACGGAUAGGCAGGUGAAGAUUUGGUUCCAAAACCGUCGCAUGAAGAUGAAACGAAUGAAGCAGCGUGCCAUGCAGCAACUUAUGGAGGAGAAACAGCAGCAGCAGCAACAACAGCAUCCAACCCAGCAGCCGUCCCAACACUUACAACAAGUCCAGCCAAUUCCACAGCCAUGAUCGCAUAGCUACACUUGUUUUUGCUACGUCCAAUUGUCCAUUAUUGUAAUCAGAAUGUGCUGCUUGAUUUUGUACAUUGUAUACCACAUCGUCCAUAUCAUAAAUGCGUUGGAAAUUACAACAACAACUAGAAGAAGGUAUAUUACGAUUGAGCUAAUAUGUAGAACAAGGAGAUUGUAAGCCCGUGAAUUGUGGGAAAGACUGUAUGUUAAAUUCUUGACGAAUGUGCUACGGCACUUAUGUAGAAUGUAACAGUGUAAAAGAUGAAAGAAAAGAAGAAAAGACGUCUUCCUGUGCAACUUUUCAUUCCGUGAAUGUUUUAACAUAUGUACUGGAGAAGACGGGAUAGGUUAUGUUAUCUGUGAGGUGCUAAGUUUUGCUGUGUGCCCGUUGUGUGUAUACCUUGCUUGCCUGCGAAAAACGAAAAUCUUUGUCCAUAGAUAUAUCAUAAUAACUGCCAUGUGUAAAUAAGUUGAUAACCUAUAAUAUUCCAUUGCCUCAUACAGGUACCUACUUCAUUUU